AUGAAUCAACGGAUAUUGAGUGCUGAUUGGAUCAAGAUUAAAUUAUCUGAUCAAGUGGAAAUUCGACGAAAGAUCGAAGAAGCUUCUUCUUCUAUUCAAUAUCUUGUCGAAGAAUUAAUUGAUCACUCACGAGAAGUCUCGAAAUUGAUUAUCACCGUAAUUACCAUACUUUACAUAUGUCCUAUUGCAAGUGUAUUGAUCGGUAUUGUUUAUUUCUUUUUCUAUCGACUCUAUUUGAACAAGAAGAGUAAUGAAUUACUUGCAGUUAAAAUAAAAAUGAUCGAAAAAAAUGAUAAAUUAUGUUCAAAAUAUUCACGUGCAAAUGCGAACAUGUUCGAAUAUGUUAUUCAUCAUGAAAAAAACAAAAUUGUCAAUAUUACAAAUGAAUUAAAGGUUGAUAUGGAAAAACAAUGGUUUUUACUUGAUUAUCUUUACGCCAAAUUAUCAUUUCAAGAAGAUGUACUUGGCAAAUUAUGUACAUUUAUAACUAUUGUCAUAUACUAUCUAUCAAAUGGAACUAUUACAUUCAUAAUUCCAUUGUAUCAUUACUUAUCGACCUUGACUGACUCGAUUCAUACGAUGCUCGUUUCCUAUAUACGUUGGUUAAGAUUGAUAAAAGACUAUGAUCUCGUUAAACCAAUAUUUGAAGAGUAUGAUGAACGAAUCAAUGCCGAACAAAUAGAUUUCAGUUCUGAAUUACAAAUUCGAGAGCUUUCAUUUCAAUAUGAAGGUAAACGUGAAGCAUUUCAGUUGCAACUUCAUGGUUCAUUGACAUUCAAAAUGGGAGAAGCAAUAUUAAUUACGGGAAAAAGUGGAGCAGGAAAAUCAACUUUCUAUGAUAUUUUAAAUGGUUCAAUACCUGCUAAGGACUAUUCAGCUAAGAUAAAAAUUGACAAUAGACCAGAAUCAAUAACUCUUCAUUCAAUUGAAAAAUGUCGAACAAUGGUUUUACAAGAUAGUGACAUGGAUUAUCGAUCGACAAUCUACAGUAUGAUUACGGAUAUUGAUGAAGAUGAAGUUAAACAAAAGAGAACGUCAGAAAUCGAUUCACUCGUAUGGGAAUAUCUUCGCAUCGUUCAAAUCGAUGAUUUCGUUCAAAACGAACUCAAUGGAAAUCUUGAUGAAGAAAUGGAAAAUAAACUUAGCGGUGGACAAAAGACACGAUUAUUAUUGGCACGAGCUUUGUUUCGUGCUCAUCAUCGCCAUGCUUCUCUACUUAUUCUCGAUGAACCUGACCAAGGUUUACCCUCUGAGACAACAGUGAGCAUUAUUGACAACAUUAUGAAAUGGUAUCGAUCAAAGGGUAUUCUUAUCCUCACGUUACAUACUGAACGAGCACAAUUACUCAACUUUGAUCAAAUUCUACAUAUUGAGCAAGGAACUAUAACAAAAAUCAAAUAA